GUGCGGAUGCUGGAGGUUCACAUCCCGUCGGUGGGACCCGAGGCCGAGGAUCCCAGGCCGAGCCCAGAGAAAGGCCACAUGGUGUUCCGGGUGGAGGUGCUGUGCCGCGGGCGCAGGCACACCGUGCAGAGGCGCUACAGCGAGUUCCACGCGCUGCACAAGCGGAUCAAGAAACUGUACAAGGUGCCCGACUUCCCCUCAAAACGCCUGCCUAACUGGAGGGCCAGAGGAUUGGAGCAGCGGCGCCAGGGCCUGGAGGCCUAUAUCCAGGGCGUCGUGUACCUGAACCAGGAUGUCCCCAAGGAGUUUCUAGAAUUCCUGAAUCUUCGGCACUUCCCCACAGACCCUAAGGCCAGCAGCUGGGGAGCCCUGGGGGAGUUCCUGCCAAACGACAGCAGCUCGCAGCUGCACCACCAGCCUGUCAUCAGCUUCUGCAUGGAUCCCUACAUUUGCAGUCCAUCCCCAGAGCCUCUGCCCAACGUGGUGGUGAAUGGCGUGCUCCAGGGCCUCUAUGGCUUCACCAACAGGCCAGCUAAAGCUCAGCCAGAGGUUGCUUUUCAAACUGCUCCUUUGCCCUGAUGCCCUGACCAGCCAAGAGACCUAUGGGUUGCCUGUCAGGACAGGCACGUGCUUCAUUCUAUGUGCCUCCCCGUCAGAAGAGGCUGCAUCCCCCUUGGCCCAGACCCAGGACUUAGGCACCCCAGGUGCCAGGGGACGGACAAUGGGGAAUAAGGAAUAAAGGGAGAAGUCAAUUUAGAGGUAGGCUGUGAAAGGUGGAGGCAGAUUUCUUCACCUUCACCAGAAGUGGGCGGAGGACACUCAAAGGUUGAGGCUCUGUGGUGGCAAGGG